AGCGCAAGCCAUGCUCAGUUUCAACAGGGACCUCAUCUCCAGUGCACACUGAACCUGACUGAACUUCAGGAGUUAUCCAGUCCAGGACCAGCUUUAAGCGUCCAGUAGGAAGGUGUGGAGCAGGGCUCCGGAUGGAAACCCAGAGGAAAGAAGUCCCAAAGCGAACCCGCUAUGAAAGCACAGCCUCAGUUCCCCAGUUCACCAACUCUCCCACCAUGAUAGUGAUGGUGGGGCUGCCAGCGCGAGGGAAGACCUACAUCUCCAAGAAACUCACCCGCUACCUCAACUGGAUCGGCGUGCCCACCAAAGUGUUCAAUGUGGGACAGUAUCGCAGGGAAGCAGUGCAGACCUACAAGAACUUUGAAUUCUUCCGUCCCGACAAUGAUGAGGCCAUGAAGAUUCGCAAGGCCUGUGCUUUGGCUGCUCUGAGGGAUGUCCACACCUUCCUCAGUCAGGAGCAGGGACACGUGGCAGUGUUUGAUGCCACUAACACCACCCGUGAGCGCAGAGAAGUCAUCCUCAGUUUUGCCAAAGACAACAACUACAAGGUGUUCUUUGUGGAGUCCUUGUGUGAUGAUCCAGACAUCAUUGAAGAGAAUAUAAAGCAAGUGAAGCUCAGUAGCCCUGAUUACAAAGACUGUGACAAGGAGGAGGCCGUGCAGGACUUCCUGAAGAGGAUCGACUGCUACAAGGUCACCUAUGUACCCCUGGAUGAGGACCUGGACAGAAACCUGUCCUAUAUAAAGAUCUUUAACGUGGGCAGUCGGUACCUGGUGAACCGGGUCCUGGACCACAUCCAGAGCCGCAUCGUGUACUACCUCAUGAACAUCCACGUCACGCCCCGCUCCAUCUACCUGUGCCGCCACGGUGAAAGUGAGCUCAACCUGCUGGGCCGCAUCGGAGGAGACUCGGACCUGUCCCCAAGGGGCAUUAAGUUUGCCCAUGCUCUUGGGGACUUCAUCCAGAGUCAGGCCAUUCAGGACUUGAAGAUCUGGACAAGCCACAUGAAGCGCACGAUCCAGACAGCGGAGGCAGUGGGGGUGCCUUAUGAGCAGUGGAAGGCACUCAAUGAGAUUGACGCUGGUGUGUGUGAAGAAAUGACAUAUGAGGAGAUACAGGAGCACUAUCCAGAGGAGUUUGCUCUCAGAGAUCAAGACAAAUACCGCUACCGAUACCCUAAGGGCGAGUCGUAUGAGGACCUGGUCCAGCGGUUGGAGCCUGUGAUUAUGGAGCUGGAGAGGCAGGAGAAUGUGCUGGUGGUCUGUCAUCAGGCAGUCAUGCGCUGCCUAUUGGCAUACUUCCUAGACAAGAGUGCAGAGGAGCUCCCCUACCUGAAGUGUCCCCUCCAUACAGUCCUGAAACUCACACCUGUGGCCUACGGCUGCCAAGUUGAGUCCUUCUUCCUGAAUGUGGAAGCAGUCAACACACAUAGAGACAGGCCCAAGAAUGUUGAUGUCACCAGAGACCCAGAAGAAGCUUUACUGACUGUCCCAGAACACAUAUAA